UUUUUUUGUUGGUGAGCCUGGCCCUGUGCUUUACUUUCUUCCUGCUCCGCUCCCGGCACCAGCUCCCCCCGCGGAGGGAGGCGGGACCCGCGCAGCAUGGCGUCCGCACUGGAGCAGUUCGUCAAUAGCGUGAGGCAGUUGUCCUCUCAAGGACAAAUGACCCAGUUAUGUGAGCUAAUCAACAAGAGUGGCGAGCUGCUGGCGAAAAACCUCUCCCAUUUAGAUACAGUGCUGGGUGCCCUAGAUGUCCAGGAACAUUCUCUGGGGGUCCUUGCUGUUUUGUUUGUGAAGUUUUCGAUGCCCAGUAUUCCUGACUUUGAGACCUUGUUCUCUCAAGUCCAAAUCUUUAUCAGCACUUGCAAUGGAGAGCACAUUAGAUACGCAACAGACACUUUUGCUGGACUUUGUCAUCAGUUAACAAAUGCACUUGUGGAAAGGAAGCAGCCUCUCCGAGGAAUCUGUGUUCUCAGACAAGCCAUAGACAAGAUGCAAAUGAAUACAAACCAGCUGACCUCAAUUCACGCAGACCUCUGCCAGCUCUGCCUGUUGGCAAAAUGUUUCAAGCCUGCACUUGCUUACUUGGAUGUAGACAUGAUGGACAUCUGUAAAGAAAAUGGGGCAUAUGACGCCAAACCCUUCCUGUGUUACUAUUAUUACGGGGGCAUGAUUUACACAGGCCUGAAGAACUUCGAGAGGGCGCUGUAUUUUUAUGAGCAGGCUAUUACAACUCCAGCCAUGGCUGUUAGUCACAUUAUGUUGGAAUCUUAUAAAAAGUAUAUCCUAGUGUCUUUGAUACUCCUUGGAAAGGUUCAGCAGCUACCUAAAUAUACCUCACAGAUUGUUGUUCGAUUCAUCAAGCCUCUUAGUAAUGCCUACCACGAGUUAGCACAGCUCUAUUCAACUAAUAACCCAACAGAACUUCAGAAUCUGGUGAACAGACAUAGUGAAACGUUUACCAGAGACAACAACAUGGGGCUGGUGAAACAAUGUAUAUCAUCUGUGUACAAGAAGAAUAUUCAGAGGCUCACCAAAACAUUUCUCACCCUCUCGUUACAAGACAUGGCGAGUCGAGUACAGUUGGCUGGAGCUCAAGUGGCAGAAAAAUAUGUUCUCUACAUGAUUGAAGACGGGGAGAUCUUUGCAAGUAUUAAUCAGAAGGAUGGCAUGGUGUGUUUUCAUGAUAAUCCAGAGAAAUAUAACAAUCCUGCUAUGCUUCACAACAUUGAUCAAGAGAUGUUACGAUGUAUAGAUCUUGAUGACCGAUUAAAAGCUAUGGAUCAAGAGAUAACUGUGAACCCUCAGUUUGUUCAGAAGAGUAUGGGUUCUCAAGAAGACGACUCAGGAAGUAAACCCUCCAGUUACUCUUGAAGGAGAAAAUCUACAGUGCGACCCCCAAAGUCUCCUGUCAGCAAUGCAAAACCUUCUAAAUACAUCAUAUAAUGUCUUCGAUUUAAAAAAACAAAAAGAGAGAGCUGAGGGAAAUAACACCUGCCUGGACAUUUAUCUAAAAUGAAACAAAUAUUUAUAAUUUUUUUUCUUUCCGCUCUGUAUUUGUUCAGUUAUACUUCAAGGAAAGGAAUUGUAAAGAAAUAAAGUCUGUUGUGAAUUUAAUGCUGGAAAUUGUUGCGAUUUAAAACAUUUGUUGGGCAAAUCGUAUGGAAACAUCUUUAAUUUGGCAUAAGUUAUGAUUUGAUCAUUGAUAAAACAGUUUCAUCUCUUA